UAUCAGUGUUCGGAAAUGCUUUGCAAUAAAAUAAAUAUUUUAAAUCGAAUUGUUUGAGAGGUAACUAACAAAACAUAUUUUAUUAAAAAAAAUAGUAUACUAUACACUUUAAAUAUAAAUAUACUCACAACCCUUAAUUGAAUAUUUUAAAAUUGGCACAAUUAUUGUUUUUUUAUUUUUUUACCUUUUCUAGUAAUGUUUCUACCCACUUAAAUCAACUAUUAAUUUAUUUUAUAAAAUUUUGUGUUCUCUAGAUAUUAAAUCUUUUACGGUAUUAAGCUCUUCGGUUUCUUAGCCUAUACCUCGUGUUUUCCCCAUGUUAUGUUUUUCCCUUUUCUUUUUGAGAUGUUUUCAGCAAUCAAAGAUAAUUUUCCCAUUACUCAUGUAAGAUGCUUCAGUUCUUCGCUCCCAUUCCGCUUAUCAAAUAUAUCCACCUCUGUCGCUCCUGCAGUCUAUCUCUCUUUUUCGCAUUUAAUUUAAAAGUCUGGGGCGAUGGUAUCGUUUGUCGCUUGUAGUUUUUGUUCCCACUUCCAGGGCACUACAUGUUUCCUCAAUGCGGCAAAUUAUUGGCCAUCCCCUCAGUCCUCCAGCCCUCAAUUAUAGCCAAGAAAUUCAGUUUUGAUAUAGAAACAACAGCCUCCGGAAAGUUCUUUGUGUCAGUACAAUUUGAAUUUUCGGUAGUAACUGCUGACACUACAGCAGAGCGGAAAAAAUUGAAGAAAAACCACCCAAGAAGGAGUCGAAAAUUUUUAACAGUCUAAGGGCUCUUGAAAGUUCUGAAAAAGUUACCGACCAUCUUGACACCUUGACGUUUUGCAAAUUGAAAGUUUUUGAACUUUCCCCAAUUUUCUAAUCCAUUCAACCUGCCCGAAAUGCGUUCGUUGUGGUUUCUGCUGUUGGUGGCUUUCAUUUUGUGCGGCACAGGUGUUUCAGCUUUGCGUUGCUACAAAUGUGAGGACUGCGAUGAGAAUACCCAACUCGGCGACAUGGAAAUGUGCGAUUUCCCACUAAUAAGUGGCACUGGACAGGGCACACCUGCCACUUCCAUUUCCAGUCCGAGUCCGAGUCCAAGUCCGAGUCCAAGUCCGAGUCCAAGUCCAGGACCAGAACCAGCUGCUUCUCCAGCUCCUGCUGCAUCACCUGCCCCCGCAGCUCCUUCCGAUGGGAGCGAAGAGGAGGACUAUGAGAGCGAGGAGUCGUCCACCAUAGGCAUCAUGCCAGCCGGAAACGUUAUGCCCCAGAAACCCGGAAGCGGAAAUGGUGCACCACCAGCAGGAGCUGGAGGAGCAGCAGCAGGAGGAGCAGCAGCAGGAGGAGCAUCCGAAGGAGCUGUCAGCGAAGAGGAGGAGGAAGAGGACGAAGAGGAGGAGGAACGGCGCAGGCGGAGAUCAAUCGCCCGACAGGUCGACCUCGAUAUGCCAAUCCCCUUCUGCUACAAAGUGACGCUCCAACUCAAUGAAUCAGUGAUCACUAAGAGGGGUUGCACCACCGCCAGAAAGAGUAAUGAGACGGAAGGAUGCGACGGUCUCUUCGACAACUGGACCGUGGCAGGAUGUAAUCUGUGCCAGGACGACGGAUGCAAUCGCCCCAUCAGCGGAUCAUCAUCCAGUAGAAUUAUGGGACAAUUCCGGACCAUUAUAACGCUCACGCUAAUGGCAUUUAUGGCCCGCUAUCUGGGCAAUUGACUUGGUUUAUAGAAAUACAUUAAUAUAUAUGGCCCAA